UCCGACUCGGACCCCGAGAACCGCGGCCACUUCUCGCAUCCAGACUCCACGGCCACUUGGGACCUGAAGCCGCCGGGAGCCUGGGCCCUAAGGCGCAGCUAGCUGGUCCUGGCAGUGACUUGCUCCGCGCGGCCCCGCAGCUUCACCAGCCCAAGUGCGCACCUGGCCGACUCCGCCUUGUGCACCUGCCUCCGAGGGAGCAGGAGCCUCCUAGCAAGUCAUGGCCAACGCGGGGCUGCAGCUGCUGGGCUUCAUCCUGGCCUCCCUGGGAUGGAUCGGCAGCAUCGUUAGCACUGCCCUGCCCCAGUGGAAGAUUCACUCCUAUGCGGGGGAAAACAUCGUGACUGCCCAGGCCAUCUUUGAGGGGCUGUGGAUGUCCUGCGUGUCGCAGAGCACCGGACAGAUCCAGUGUAAAUUCUUCGACUCCUUGCUGAAUCUGAACAGCACUUUGCAGGCCACCCGUGCCUUGAUGGUGAUCGGCAUCUUGCUGGGGCUGAUUGCAAUCUUCGUGUCUACCAUUGGCAUGAAGUGCAUGAAGUGCUUGGAAGACGACGAGGUGCAGAAGAUGCGGAUGGCUGUCAUUGGGGGAGUGAUAUUUUUUAUUUCAGGUCUGGCAACUUUGGUAGCCACAGCAUGGUAUGGCAAUAGAAUUGUUCAAGAAUUCUAUGAUCCCAUGACCCCUGUCAAUGCCAGGUAUGAGUUUGGCCAGGCCCUUUUCACUGGCUGGGCUGCUGCUUCCCUCUGCCUCCUGGGAGGUGCCCUACUUUGCUGCUCUUGUCCCAGGAAAGCAACCUCUUACCCAACACCACGGCCUUAUCCCAAGCCUGCACCUUCCAGUGGGAAAGACUACGUGUGACAGAGCCAAAAAGAAGUGAUCCUGUUGGAGCAAAUACAAAAUGGACAUGAAAACUUUCAUGGACAUUGAAGUCUUAGACUGAUGACUCUGGUUAUCUGAACUGUGGUAUUGUAAAAGAAAGCAUAUUUUUAUAAAUACCCAUUGCUAGAAGGGGCUUAGCUGUGCCUUGUCUUCUUUCCUGAGUAUAGGAGGGAAGCCUUUUGUAUGUGAACUGUGGCUUCCUACUGAAUAAUCACACUCAAAAGAGGAAAGGGUGCUUCUUAAGUGUGUAUAGAUAUGUAUAUAUACAUAUUUUCUAUAAAGAUUAGAUAGUAAAAUAACCUCUUAUUCUCAUUAUGUUGAUACCACCAUAAUCAAAAUGUCUCUAAAAUAUAAAGUAUACAUAUGAUUCCAUAUAAGCCUUCUGAGGUGUUAUUCUUUCUCUCUAUAAAUAUACAUAAUCACUCAAAUACCACCGCUGUGAUCAGCUUACAGUAUCUUUGACACAAGACCAAAUUUCUUUACCAAGUAUGACUUUACUUUCUUUUCCAUGAUGUUCUUUUCAUCACCAUAUUCAAUUAUUUUUUUACUCUGAUUAUUAACAAUUGCUUUUCAUCAGACACUUAUUUUAGGAAGACUUGUCUAUAAUUUGAAUAUCUAAUAGUGGAUUUCAUAGCCUACACUUUAGAUCUAAACCAGUAAGAAUCACUGCUUCCAUUCUUGAGUUGAGGGGCAAAUUUUCAUGACCGAUGAUGUUUUCCUGCUGACUUUCCCACAUGGUCCUUGCACUUUGGUCCAUAGCCUUCUUGUUUACUUUAAAAAUAUUUGUUUCACUGGGUGGCUGUGCUACUAACCCCUGUGUUGAAACAGUUUUAUUGACUGCAUUUCUAAAGGUACUUACCAUUCCAUGUCCAUCCGGCAAACCACUUUUUUUUUUCCCUUUCCUCAGCUGUGAUGUUUUCUCGUGUAUAAUGUAUAUAAUUAUCAUACGGUUUAACUCUUUCCCAAAAGGUGUGGUCUGUUUAUCUACAGAAAGUGCUAGACUUGCUGGAGUGAUAAUCUGGUGACAAAUAUUCUCUCUGUAGCUGUGAGCAAUUCACAAUCUUUAUACCUCUUUUCCCAUCUGUCGAAUUGACAUAAUUACAUUUAACCAGCUGGUGGAGGUAAUGUGACUAUUAAUUAGUUGAUAUGACUCUCAUUCUUUGAACAUGAAAUAUGCUUAAGUGGUGUUUUUCUUUGCUCAAUUAGCAGUUUUGAAGUCUCUGAAUAAAAUCUUCAUACAUGCCUUCACACUGUUCAAGAUCAUCCUUCUUCUGUCAGCCCAUUUCCUUCCUUUCCUUUCAGUGCUCUGGUUCAUUUCACCAAGUGCUCUUACUUUUCUAAUCUGGAGGAAAGGCUCCUUCCCUUAAGCAAGAUAAAUGUAAUAGAAAGAGCGUUGGCUUUGAUGUUUGGAGACCUGGGUUUGAAUCUCCAUGUUAUCAGUUAAUGACUGAUUCUGGGCAAGGCAUUUGGCUGGCCUAAAUUUAUCACUGCAUCUGAAAAAAAGAAGUUUAUUAACUCCUGCCAUGCCUAUGUGACAGGAUGUGAGAGGGGACACUUGUAAACAUGACUUCAUAAGGUAAAGCAAGCUACUCUACAGGAAUUAAAGUACAUAGAUUUUGAGAUUACUCUUUAAGUAACUACAAAGAGAAAAAUAUUAAGAAAUGGGAUUCUUUCCUUAUCAAGCCUCUCAAAUGAUGUGCUACUAAAGUGAACUUCAGCUCACUAUUUUAAAAGGGUUUUAAAGAAACUUUUAUAGCAUGUUUGUUGUUUUGUUGAGACAGGACCUCAGUCUGUUGCCCAAGCUAGCCAGGAACUCCCAUGCCACCCAGAGAUCCUCCUGCCUCAGCCCCCUAAUGCUGAAAUCUCAUAGGCAUGAAUCCCCUUCCCACUCUUAAGUUCUGUAUGACUAGUGCUUCUGUGGUUGAGCAAAUGUAAUGGAGGAAACCAAAACCUGAGACUUGGAGAAGUCAAUUGUGUGGGCCGUAAAGGAGUAUGAGGUGGCCUUUGUGAAGUGAUGUUUUCAGAGUUCUUGCUAUUAGAUGGUAGGUAACACAGCUAGGCAAGGCUGAGAAUUGUGUUGCAUGAUAAAACCACAUGUAUGGUACUGAGUCUCAUGAGGCUCUGGACUUGGACUAAGUUUGACGAUGUGUAUGUGUCUAAAAGUUAUCAUUCAAAGAGCUUUGUCACAUUCAUGGAUUCUAGUGAGAUAUGAAUGUCAAUGCAUAUGGAUAAAUCUAACUGAACUUCAUAGUAUUCUCUAUUAAAAAAUAAUUUCAUGGAAUUUUUAUGCCAGAACUUACCUAGUUUUAAUAUUUUAUACCUACUAUCAUACCUGGAAUCAGACCAAUUGAUACUUGGGGGGCUGGAAUGGGAAUUUGUAUAAAGCAUUACUCUUUUUCAAUAAAUGUUUUUUUAAUUAAAA